AUGGUUAGUGGGGGAGAAGAUGGGGUUACCUACUUUUACAAUCACCAGCAUCAGAUAGUGAAGAAAAUCACAAUUGAUAGCCAAAGAGGUAUUCAGGCUAUUGCCAGUAGUGAUGAUGAAAUGGCAUUCAUUUGUUUUGGCACUGUCCGAGUAUUUCGCUUCGAUAAAGACUUGAAUCUGGUUCCAAUUUGGCACAGCGAUAAAGGGUAUCUUGGCAGAUCAAUUGCUUUCACUGCUGAUUCCACGUUGGCGGUGGGAACGGCGUUUGGGGUUGACUUUUAUGAUCGAGACUACAGCCUAGAUCAGCACAUUCCCCUCGGGCUGAUGGUGAUGACAAUCGAUAUCGCGGCUGACCUGUGCGCGGCGGGGUUGGAGAAUGGUGUCGUAUACGUGAUCAGCGUGUCACUGAAGCAGCCACUGUUGAUUUUGAAAGGCAGUAAGGAGAGUACUGACAAGUACCAAAGUCAACCGCAAUGCCGGUGGGUAAAAUAUUACCUGACAAAACUUUUAGUGGCAAUUGAUCAUGGUUUAGCCGGUCGGAUUUUAACUUACGACACCACCGGCGCCAGUUGGAGUACGGCGUUUGAGUGCGACCUGUGGAUCAUGGGGGGCGUGGUAGUUACGGGCAAUGAAACGUGUUUGCCGAGAGGCAGCAUCGUGAUUGCUCUGCUUCAAGCGGUGGUGAUAAUUGACCAAAACUAUUGUUGGCAAUACACGUGGCGUCGUCGCCACGUUGUGGCAGUGACGGUUAUGGGCGAGAGGGUGAUGUCAGCAGCCAUGGGCGAAGACGUGAUUCGUGUCCACGACGUCCAUAGCAACGAUAGCAGUGGACCUCAAACUAAACGUUUACGAGUCAUGGCAAGUCCCGAGGACGGUGUCUGA